UUCAUAACAAAAUGGAAGAUACCAAUAAGGAGGAAAGCAAGAUCAUAAAGACUAAAAUAAAUGACGAAUAUAAUAAAUUUGAUGUCUUUGGUAGUGUCUUUACACUCCCUGCAAGAUAUGAGGUCACCAAACCUCUCGGUUCAGGCGCCUAUGGCUGUGUAGUUCAGGCAGAGGAUAAGAAGAAGAAAUUAGUCGCGAUUAAAUAAGAUGGAGAGAACUUUUGAACAUGCAUUGUUUGCUAAAAGAACUCUCAGGGAGCUUAAGAUUCUCCGUUUGUUACAUCAUGAAAAUAUCAUUGAGCUUAAGACUAUUGUCAAGCCGAAGAAAAGUAACUUCGACGAUAUUUAUGCUGUUUUUGAAUUGAUGGAGACAGAUUUAGGAACGAUCAUUAAAUCAAAGCAGGAGCUUUCACUCGAUCACAUUCAAUUCUUUCUGUAUCAAAUCUUAAGAGGAAUGAAAUACUGCCACAGCGCAGGGAUUUUGCAUAGAGAUCUCAAGCCUAAGAAUUUACUAGUAAAUAGUAAUUGUGAUCUGAAAAUAUGAGAUUUUGGAUUAUCAAGAGCAGAUAUUCCCUCUUUAUAUGAAACUGGGGCGAUGACUGAUUAUAUCUCUACAAGAUGGUAUAGAGCUCCAGAGCUCCUCUUUGGGUCAGAAUAUUAUACCGCAGCUGUAGACAUGUGGUCAAUUGGAUGUAUUUUCGCAGAACUAUUAACCAGAACAUCAUUUCUACCAGGAACAGAUACUGAAAAUCAACUAGAGUUAAUAAUAGAGAUGAUCGGAGUUCCAGAGAGAAAAACAAUUGAGAAGUUCUGAGGUGGCGAUGUUCCUGAAUUCUUCUCCAAAACCCCACCCUCCACAAGUGAAGAGACUAAGGAAUUUACAAAAAGGUUCAAAGAUGUUGAUGAAACAGCAUUAGAUUUGUUGAAGCAAAUGUUGGCCUUCGAUCCUGGUGAAAGAAUCUCUGUAGAAAAUGCCAUCAAGCACGACUUCUUCCACGAUUUGCAUUGUGAGGAAGAUGAACCCACUACCCAACCAGUCGAUUCGUUUGAUUUCGAUUUUGAAAAAUAUGAUCUAACUAUUGAAGAGACCAAGCAGGAGAUUUAUGAAGAAAUCGCUUUAUAUCACUCUUCAAAAGCUCAAAAAAAGUAUAUCAGCAACAGAAAAGAAUAUCCUGAAGGAAUGCUCCAUGUAAAAUAUGAUAGGCUGACUUCUCAUGUGGACGUUGCAAGGCAAAGAAAGAGGCCUAAGAAGAAAAAGUCGAAGAAAAUAUCAAGUACCAAAUUAAAAGUAUAA